AUGGCUGCUUCGAGUAUAGCAGAGCGGUCGCCGCCGUAUCUGGCUGCAAUUGAUCUGUCGGAAUGCUCUACCUUGGCACAAGUUGAGAGUGUCAAGGAACUGGCCUAUGCUGGUGGUCUGGUCGCCCAAGUGACGACUGAGGACAUUGACAGUGCACUGCAGUUGCUGAAGGAAACCGGUGGCCGCUACUCGAUAUACCUGGACGUGUCGACGCUCGAAUCGCAGCAGGACAUUGUCGAUCUGCUCGACGCCGGCGCAGCGAAAGUGUUCGUCGGCAGCCAGCAAGCGGCAUCGCUGAAGAGUGUACCGACAGUGGAGGACCACCGAAUCGUCUACCACCCGACAGCUUCGGUGGGCGAUGCGACCGCUGCACUCGAUGGCGCUGCCUUUGGACUUUUCCUCCAGAAUGUUGGCAGUGUCAAUGCCGUCGGCACAAUCCUGCAGCAGCUGGGAAAGGACCGGCCUCCAGUCUAUGUUUCGAAGCUGCACAUUACCGAGCAGGAGGCAGUAGAGCUGGGCAAGCAGGACGCUGUGCCCAUCAUACCCUCGCAGCUCCUCACUGUUGCUGCUGAGCCUGCUGACGGCCAGAUCCGAAUCGCACCUCUACUACUGGCACAAACGAAGAGCGAUCGACCAGAUGGACUAUUCACAACAUUGGUCACAGACGAGCGUGGGGUUGCCCUGGGCUUGGUAUACAGCAAUGAAGAGAGUGUGGCAGAGAGCUUAAGAUGUGGGCGCGGAGUAUAUCACAGCAGAAAGCGAGGGCUAUGGAGAAAAGGCGACACGAGCGGAGACUGGCAAGAGUUGGUGCGGAUAGAGGCCGACUGUGAUCAGGAUACAUUAUGCUUCGUGGUCAGGCAGCAAGGACACGGGUUCUGCCACUUGCAAACUGCUACAUGCUUCGGGCAGUAUAGAGGACUGUCGAAGUUGCAGAAGACGCUGCAGAGUAGGAAGAGAUCAGCCCCAGAGGGGUCAUAUACUGCACGUCUGUUCAGUGAUUCCAACAUGUUGAAUGCCAAGAUCAUGGAGGAGGCUGCGGAGCUCUGCGAAGCGCAGUCGAAGGAGGACAUCGCAGCGGAAGCGGCAGAUGUGCUGUACUUUGCUCUGACCAAGGCGACAGCGGCUGGCGUGACGCUGGAAGACAUUGAGAGGAAUCUUGAUGCGAAGAGUGUCAAGGUGAAACGAAGAAAGGGCGACGCCAAAGGACCAUAUGCGGAGAAGUUUGGCGUAAACGGAUCUGCUACGAACGGCACACCAAGCAAGGAGGAAGUGCGUGAAGCAGAGUCGAAGCCAAAGCGCAAGGAAGACCCAGCUGGCCUGAGUGAGAGCGGUCGCAUUGAGAUGCGCAGAUAUGUCACAUCGAAGGAAUCCCCAGAGACUAUACAAGAAGUGCUCAAGCGGCCCUCGCAACGAUCGACAGACAAGAUCAUGAACAUUGUAAACCCUAUCAUCAAGGACGUUCGCGAACGAGGUGACAAAGCGCUACUGAAUUAUACGCACAAGUUCGAAAAGGCCACAUCCCUCACAUCACCAGUUCUGACAGCACCGUUCCCCGAGCACUUGAUGCAAUUAUCGCCUGAGGUCAUCGAAGCUAUCGACAUCUCCUACGAGAAUAUUCGCAAGUUCCAUGCAGCACAGAAAGAGGAGAAGCCACUUGAGGUCGAGACCAUGCCAGGCGUAAUCUGCUCCCGCUUCGCUCGACCUAUAGAAAGUGUAGGCUGUUAUGUGCCUGGUGGUACAGCAGUUCUUCCUUCGACUGCGCUUAUGCUUGGAGUACCGGCGCAGGUCGCGGGCUGCAAGAACAUCAUCCUCGCGUCGCCGCCUCGAGCUGACGGGUCUUUGACACCAGAGAUUGUGUAUGUGGCUCACAAAGUUGGCGCGAAGCAAAUCGUCCUUGCAGGUGGCGGCCAAGCCGUUGCUGCGAUGGCAUACGGUACUGAGAGUGUCAACAAGGUGGACAAGAUUCUUGGGCCUGGCAACCAGUUUGUCACGGCGGCGAAGAUGAUCGUCAGCAACGACACGACCGCCAACGUUAGCAUCGACAUGCCAGCAGGACCUUCCGAAGUUCUGGUGAUCGCAGACAAGACGGCGAAUCCAGCAUUUGUCGCUUCUGACCUCCUCAGUCAAGCAGAACACGGUGUCGACUCCCAGGUCGUCUGUAUUGCUGUCGGCCUCAACGAGUCACAGCUCCAAGCCAUCGACGACGAACUCCACGCCCAAGCCAUGGCCCUCCCACGAGUCGACAUGGUCCGCGGCGCAAUCUCUCACUCCGUCACCCUCGUCACCGAAACCAUGGAAGAAGCAAUGCGCCUGUCCAACGACUACGCACCCGAGCAUUUAAUCCUGCAAGUCGAAGAUCCCCUCGCUGUGCGCGAGACGGUGAUCAACGCUGGCUCCGUCUUCUGUGGACAGUGGACGCCAGAGAGCGUGGGUGAUUACUCUGCUGGUGUCAACCACAGUCUUCCGACUUACGGCUAUGCGAAGCAGUAUUCGGGAGUCAAUCUUGCGAGUUAUGUCAAGCACAUCACGAGUAGUAAUUUGACGGCGCAGGGUUUGAAGAAUGUGGGUAAGGCGGUGAUGACGCUGGCGGGCGUGGAGGAGUUGGAGGCGCAUAAGAGGGCGGUGGAGAUCAGGCUGAGGUAUAUGACCGAGAACGGUCUGUAA